ACUCACAGACACAAAAAUCAAGGAGAGAGAGAGAGAUGAAAUCAAACAAAGUAACAUUUUUCUUGGGCUUGUUCCUUGUAUCUGCCUUUUGUGUUAGGUUGACAGAGAAUAUGUGUUUCAAAGACGACGAUUGCAUAAACCAGGGGGAAUGGUGUCCAGUGCUUCGUGUUUGUUCAUAUGCAGAAUGCAUUUGUCCAUGGGGAACUCGAUCAAAGUUACCAAGUUGUCAAAUCAUAUGUGCGCAUUUAGAUAAAAAAUCUGUCAAUUCUUAUAAUCCUUGUGGUUGCAACUAUAAGUGAAAUAAAAAAAAAUAUAAUAACAAGA